AUGUUGCUCAAUUUUUCACCAACGAAACCUCUCUUCUCUCCACCCAAUCUCCGCCGGAAUUCACCGGCAUUCCUCAUUUCUCCGCCGAGAUCCCUCCGCGUCCGCGCAAUCGACGCCGCCCAGAUCUUCGACUACGAGACCCAGCUCAAAUCCGAGUACCGAAGAUCCUCUGCUCUCAAAGUCGCCGUCUUGGGCUUCGGAAAUUUCGGCCAAUUCCUCUCCAAAACCUUAAUCCGACACGGCCACGACCUAAUCACCCACUCCCGAUCCGAUUACUCCGACGCAGCCAACUCAAUCGGCGCUCGUUUCUUCCACAACCCUCACGAUCUCUGCGAACAGCACCCGGACGUCGUCCUCCUCUGCACCUCAAUCCUCUCCACAGAGUCCGUCCUCAGAUCUUUCCCAUUCCAGCGACUCCGCCGCAGCACGCUCUUCGUUGACGUCCUCUCCGUCAAGGAGUUCCCGAAAGCCCUCUUCCUCAAAUACCUCCCCAAGGAAUUCGACAUCCUCUGCACUCACCCAAUGUUCGGUCCGGAGAGCGGGAAGCAUUCCUGGUCAGGCCUCCCUUUCGUCUACGACAAGGUGAGGAUCGGAGACGAAGCUUCGAGAAACGAGAGGUGUGAGAGGUUUCUGAGGGUUUUCGAGAACGAAGGUUGUAGGAUGGUGGAGAUGAGCUGUGAGGAGCACGACAAGCACGCUGCUGGGUCGCAGUUCGUGACGCAUACAAUGGGAAGGGUUUUGGAGAAGUUUGGAGUUGAGUCUUCGCCGAUUAAUACUAAAGGUUACGAGACGUUGCUGGAUUUGGUGGAGAACACGUCGAGUGAUAGCUUCGAGCUUUACUAUGGUUUGUUUAUGUAUAACCAGAAUGCUCUUGAACAGUUGGAGAGAUUGGAUAUGGCGUUUGAGUCUAUCAAGAAGGAGCUGUUUGGGAGAUUGCAUCAGGUUUACAGGAAGCAAAUGUUUGGUGGGGAGGUUCAGUCUGGUAAGAAAACAGAGCAGAAGUUGCUUAACAAUGGUGUUGUUCCGGUGAAAGAGAUUUCAUCAUCAUCAUCAUCUUAA